AUGUUAUCGGAUAAGAAAACAUGGUGGAUGAUGGAUACAGAAACUAAUCUUCCACGUAACUUUGCUACAAAUCCUAUCUCAACACCUACUCCAGAAAUACGGAAAGCGAUGAGGUGUUUCACAGAUAUCAGUGAGCUGGUGAAUUGCAGAGGUUUAAUUGAUACAUCCAUAGAUAAGAUAACACCAUUGGGUAUAUACACGCGUAUUAACUCACCGAUGUGCAGUUCAGGAAUGGAUACUGAUAGUAACUCAACAGAUUGGACAGGUGAUAGAUAUCCAUGUUCGAUGUGUAGCAACAAAAUGUUAUGCCUAUGUAGGAGUUGUGUCAACCAUAAAAUCCGAUUUGUUGAUAAGCAUAAUUUGCAAAGAAAAAAAGAAUACAGGAAGCAAUGUUUCACUCGUGAAAUCGAAAGUAUUUUUGCAGCUGAUAUUUCUCUAGGCGAUGAGUUGCAUUCAACGCAUGAGUCCAUUGAAUAUUUGAAACAAAAUAUUCUUGACAGGAGGAAAGCUAUAAAAAAGAAGAAAGCUGCUCUGAAAAUUAUGUGCAGCAAAACCGAAAGAUAUCGCAAAACAAUUGAAGAGCUUAAGGAACGAUGUCGUGGACAUCAAAAAGUUCUUUGUGGACCACCAAAUUCACUACAAGCAUUUGUCGAUGCAUAUGAGGAUAAGUUGCAAAAAAUUAUAAAAUUCAAUGCACAGUGGUUUGUAAAAAUUUUUCCUAUACAACGAGUCUUAAAACCGGAACCAACCAUAGAUGAAGUGGAACGACGUUGUCGGGAAAUGAUUGCUGAAGCAUGUCAAGAAGAAUUUUCCCCACCGACGGACGAAAUCCUGGCUCCAACAGAAUGUGCAACUUCUUCGGAACACUGUUACACGAUUUGUGAUUGUGACGCACCGGAUCGAACGCAAUACAAAAUUUUGAAAGGAUGGCUGAGCAUAGGCAUUCCAACUGUACCUGUUGCCCGACCAGUGCAUAGCAUGUUCGCUGCAUUUGUUUAUACUAUCCAGCUUGUUAAUUUACUAACCGUUAAUUUUGAUGUAUGCAUACCAGACCAGAUAUCAUAUCAAGAAUUUUCGUCGUGCAGAAAAUGGACGGAAGGCUUAUUCGAUACGGACAUUUUCAAAUUGAAUCGUGCAGUUGUAAUGCUAUGCUUGAGUCUAGGAAUUGAUUCAAAAUUAAUUGAACCGCUUAAUCCAUUUGCUAAUCUUCUACUUCUCAGCAAUAUUGUGAAUGAUCCCAAUUCAGUUCCGAAGCCAGGAUAUCAUACACUAACUAACGAAGUGGCAGUUGUUUUGGAAGAAGAUCUUAGACAGAUUUGUUGGGCGGAACGUGAGAGAACGGAAGAAGAUGAAUGGUAUAUGGUAAGGUAUAGGGAUAAUUAUUAUGAUGAAGCAUAUGAUGUUUCAACGCCUUUGAGACCAAUCUCAUCAUUUAGUGAUUUGGAAGAAAUGCUUCGUGAUUUUUCGGCUUUUGCCUCACCGUCAAGUCGUAUGUCUGAGCAUGAUUUCCAAUGUAUUCUUGAAGAUGCAAGCCGUCAGCAUUCACCGGAGUUCCUUCCUCGUUUUCUUAACAUUUUUAAGAAUUUUAAUUUGAAAUGA